GGCACCACAAUCAUGCGGGUUGCCACGCUGAAUUGGGCACGGAAUUCUUGCGCAGUAAAGUGCUUAUUGUUUUUGCUUAUCGGAUUGUUUUCAUUGAUCAGCUUUUACAAGUCUGUGCAGCACUUUCAACUGAUCAACUUCGAGACAUGGCCACAUGGGGAUGAGGAUUUCGUGGGUCUGGACGCGGAUGAUCCGAGAUUGAUCGAUUACAUCCGCCAACACGUCAUCGUGCCUCCUUCUACCGAACCCUACAAUUUGUAUUAUGGGAUCAACCAUAACCCUUCAGACGGCCAGGCGAAAGUUGUCGACGAACUAUUUAACCAUAAGCGGAAUGGCUUUUACGUCGAGAGUGGAGGUUACACGGGUGAAGUGCUGAGCAACACUUUAUUUUUUGAAAUAAAACGAAAUUGGACCGGUAUCCUGAUUGAACCGAACCCGAGGAACUUUGAAAAGUUAUUGUCUAGGAAGAGAAAAGUGCACUCAGCUAAAGCGUGCAUCGGAGAAACCAAAUCAGCUGACAAGGUUGUAUUUUAUAACCAAAAAUAUAUUGGCAAGAUAUUCAAUCCUCAAGAUCCAAAAUACCCAGGAGAGUCAUUGGACCUGAGCAACGCAAAAUGUUUCCCGCUGUACUCGUUCCUUCUCGCACUCGGCACCACCACCGUCGACUACUUCAGCCUCGACGUCGAGAGUUCCGAGUACAAGGUCCUGCAGUCUAUUCCUUGGGACAAAAUUGAUAUUAAGACGUUAUCCGUGGAGUACAACCUCAUCCCAGAAGGAAUGCCUGCACUGAUUGACUUCAUGAAGUCUAAAGGUUACAUCUACUACAUGAAAUUCAUCCGGCCUUAUACACACGACCUUAUUUUCGUCAAACCGGAAGUGUUGGAUCAUACAAGAGUCCAAUACGGAGAACUGCCUAUUCUGGAUGUUAAUAACACCAUCAGUUGGAUGACUCGUUCGAAUUUUGAGUCAUGAAGAGAUAGUAGCAAGAAAUAUUUUCAACCAAGGAAUGGAGGCAAGACAACUUACAGUCGCUUCUUGAUUAGCAAUUACGCUUGCAUGGUUCAUGAUGAAUAUCAGAAAUUUUAUCAGGUCAUGUAGGAAGAAUCAUUUUAGCAGUAACAAUCGUUGAUUAGUAAGUUUUAAGUGACAUUUCGUAUAUAUUAACUUGAAAAUUUAAAUGUUAACUAGUAAAUUUAAAAAUUAAUUGGAAAGACUUUGAAAAUUAAGUGAAAUUAACGAUUCGAUCAAAAGAUCAACUUGUGGAAUAAACUUCAAAUAAUCGGCUUCAUAGAUGAUAGGGCGUGAAAAAAGCCCGUGCAGCUCAUCUGACUACACAGGUUUGCUUUUUUUUUUGCAAUACAGUUAGUAUAUAGAGCACUGAGAAUUGGUAACUAAUCCACAACAUUAUACUGUAUUUGACAUUACAAGGUUUAAACUUACAAUUGAAGCUUUCAAGUCGAAUAUGUCGCUACCGUUUCAAAACAGUUUCCAGGCGGCCGAUGAUCGAAAGGCAAGCGGUCGGCUGGAGCUGAUAAGUUUUUGGUCCGCAGCUAAAAUAUCAACGCAAUGACAACCAGCCAACGCAGAAUAUAGCAUCGCAACCGAUUGAUGCGAUAUCUUCUUUCUAAAAAAAUAUGUAAUCGGCUUCCGUUAAACGUAUGGCUUGACACAGCAGGGGUUGAGGCUACUUGAUAACAUCUUAUUCCAUCCCUUAGUGCUCUGAUACAAGGUGUAGUCUGAAU